UAAAAUAUUUCAACAUUGUCAGUUUUUCUAUCUCUCUCUAUAUAACCAAACCUUCUCUCUCUGCACCCAUUUCAUCUUUUGCACAUUCCAUUCAAUAUAAAAUAAAAAAUUGUUGAGAUUUCCAAUUUCAUCUCUCCACCAUCCACCCCUAUCCCUGUUUCUUCUUCUUGGUCAGCUGGAAUUUUGCAUUCAAGGUUGUUCUCUGUACUUCUUACAAGCUAGGUUCAUGUCUGAGCUCGAUAUCCAAAUCCCUACCACCUUUGAUCCGUUCGCUGAUGCCAAUGCUCAGAACUCAGGCGCAGGUGCGAAAGAGUAUGUGCAUAUUCGAGUUCAGCAGCGAAAUGGCAGGAAAAGUCUGACUACCGUCCAAGGCCUGAAGAAAGAAUUCAGCUACAAUAAAAUUCUGAAGGACCUCAAGAAGGAGUUUUGCUGCAAUGGUACCGUUGUGCAAGAUCCAGAACUCGGCCAGGUUAUCCAACUUCAAGGCGAUCAGCGGAAGAACGUGUCAACCUUUCUCGUACAGGCUGCCAUUGUGAAGAAGGAAAACAUCAAGAUUCAUGGUUUCUAGACACAAGCAAAGGAAGGGGAUUGAUGCACAUUUGUGAUUGCAACUUCCAGUUUGUUUAAUUUUAUUACAUCCAAGCGCCACGACCGACGGUUUCUGAGUUUAACAACACCUUCUGUAUAUAGCAGAAGCUGAUAUUAGUAGCUUGUUGAUGUCCAAAAUCAGUAUAUCAAAAGUUAUCUGGUGGUUGUAUGGUAUGCUGCUAAUUUUUCUGAAUCCCCAAUGGAGGUGGAGAAUCUGCCCAAAUGUUUACCAGAUUAUAUUUUAUUUUGGAUGAACAUCAUAUGUGUCAUUCUGUAUAUAAUUUACUAUCCGUAUUCAUUAGCUUAUUUCAUGAGCUUUUUGUUUGUAUUUAAUGUAGCUAAUUUGAACAUGUCUUGUUUAAAUUUACUUUGGCAUGUGUGUGAUCCAGUUUUACCAUUUUAGAGCAAAAAGGGUAUAUAGGGAUUUACAGGACCGAAUUUCGUAUAGCUCCUCGAAAUUGACCUAUGUUGGGUCCAUCCCAUAAUUUGAGGAAGGAAACAUCUCACUCAUUUUAAGGAAGAAAACAUUUCCCUUGUUUUGAGGAAGAAAACAUAUUCCUUGUUUUAAGGAAGAAAACAUCUUCCUUGUAUUUGGCAAAUUGUCAAGUGCUUGCUUGAGUCACAAAUGACAUCAAUAGGUUCAUUUCAUCUCUAUAAAUAGGGAAACCUUCUAUCAUUUGUAGCAUCACCAAGAGCAAGAGAGAAAAACAGUAAGGAAAACACUUGAGUGAGAUAUAGGUAUUAAGUUUAGGAUUGGUUUUUUGUAAUAGUUGAGUGUGAGAGUUGCUCCUCCUAUUGUAAUUCUGUUCC